AUGUCUCAAAGGCCGAAACGUGAAGUUAAACAACGAUCUCGAUAUAGUCCAGGGCCGAAUGAUAACCAACCGUUUAAAGGAGUAAGUUGAUAUUGUUAUUUUUUGAAUUUUUAGGCAUUUUUAAUGGUGGAACCGCUGUAAGUGGAUAGAAAAUCUAUUGUUUUUGCUUUGAAUUUGAGUUUUAUAAUGUCAUAGGUUUUUCUGGGGCUAAAAUUUAUGAAAAAUGACGAUUUUUUGGUGAAAACUUUGAUUUAUAUAGGAUUAGCAAAGGAAAAGAAUUACUUUUGUAAAUAAAAAUGAUAAAUAAGUAAUUUUUGGUAUUUAGAGUAACGCAAGCAGGAUUCUGACACCUGACUUACCAAGAGAAAAGUCACCUACACCUAAGGAAACCCCGAAAGCGAAAGAACCUGUUAAAGUCAAAGAAGAACCAGUUGAGCAGGUACGAACGCCUAUUCCAAAGGCAGUGAAAGCUAAAACACGCGGGGAUACGAGGGCUGAAGCUGCAAAGGUUAAAGAAGAACCAGAUUCUCCAGAGGUUAAACCAGAAGUAUCAGAAGUUGGUAGGCGGAAGAAGUCAAAUGGAAAUAAUUCUGCUGGGAGAGGACGUACGUUUUUUACUUUUUAUACUUGGUGGUGUUUUAUAAACACCUAAUUGUUUGUGUUUAUAAUUACCAUUUAUUCUAAAUUUAGGCAGAUCAGAUAAGUUAUCAACGCCAGAGGUUAGAUCAACCACAAUAUCUGAAAUUACGCCUCAACUUUCUCAAAGUUCGAAGGCAAAAGCUUCUGCAAUAAAGGCAAAGACUCCUGAAGCAAAAACCAAAUCUUCUGAAUCCAGAUCGAAGUCUUCCGAAUCAAAAUCAAAGCCUUCUAAAUCAACCUCAGAUGAACAAAGACCCAGAUUGUCGUCGUUUUUAAAAUGGGGACGAAAGUGUGUUGAUGCUUUUAAGGAACGUCCGGAGAAUUCUACACCAUCUACUUCGUUAUCACCGGCUCCAGCUGUUGCAGAUUUUUCUUUUCAAGAUUCAACAAUGUCUUCUUCAGUGCUGGAUGAUUCUCAAGAUUCUUUAUCAAGUCAAGAUUUCAUUAAAGUAGAAAAUGUCGAUGAAGCAUCAACAUCUUUAUUAGACGAAAGGGCAUCACAAAAUGGUAAGUUGAUAUUAAAAAUAUAAAAAUUUAAUUCUUAGUGGCUGAAGGUGAUGGAACAAGCAAAGAACCAUCAGAAGCACUUGUCAAAACUGAAGCAGAAGCUUCAGAAUCAGCUGAACGUAUUGCAGCAACAGUUAAAACAGAACCAGAAGCGUCUACAUCAACAGCAGUUGGUCACGAAACGCCAGUUGAUCAAGAAAAGAAGCCAGUGGCUAAGAAAAGAGCUCCAAGAAUAGUGGAUUUGAGUAGUUCAGAGCCCAUGAUGACUUCUAGAAAGCGUAGAAUUAAACCUGUGGCCAAAUUUUCACCUUCUCGUGAUGACAGAAAUCGUUCGUUAACAUAUGACACUCCACCUGUUAAGGUUCCUAAGGUCACUCCCUUGAAGGUAAGGCUGAAAAGAUUGAUUUUUUUAAAUUAUAGAUAACAUAUUGGCUUUAAAUGUAAAAAAUUGUGUUUUAAAACGGAAAAAGUGACAAAAAUUUUAUGGAAAAAUGAUGGUUUUCAACAAUAUUAUCUAUGUUUCACUUAAUUUUUAGAUCAACACUAAUGUAUCAGACGUCCAAACUCCAUCAGGGCCUCCGCCAACUGCCCUAUACCCAUACACUCCAAACUUUUACAUGCCAGAUCACGAUGCGCUUCAGUUGGCGUUGGAAUCACAGAAGCGACAGUACGAGUUGGCUCAGAUUCAGAGCCAAGAAGAAGCCGUGAAGCGAGAUCUGAACACAUCGUUGUUGGAAGGCCGAAAGCGACGAAACAAAGCUUUAUCUAUCUCUCAAUUUGCUCCAGAAUUGCUGAAGAACACGUCGGAAAGCUUGAAAUCACCCACACCUGGAGCUAGAAGGGGAAGAGUGGCUAAGAACAGUGUUUGUGAGGCUAAUGGUAAGGGUUUGGGAGUAAAAAUGUUGCUUUGGGUAGAAAAAUAUAACAUUUUAUAGUGUAUUUUUUGAAUUUUUUUAAAAGGAUGAAUGCUACCUUCUUUAAUAUUUUUUUUACAAAAAGUCACUUCAGUAUAACUUUCAUCGAAAAAUUUUGCCUACUUCAAUAUAAUCAACCUUUCCAGCUCAAAUCCCAACAACUAGUAGCGCAUACCAUCACAAUUUGGAAUUGGAACCGGAGGAAUCACUUAAUUUGGAGGAAACUCCACCCAAACCGAAGCCUGUAAAACGUUACCAGAUGUACGGUACACAACGUGUUCAUGGCUACGCUCAUCGGCCGUUCUUCGAAGAAAUGAAGCUUCGAAAACAGCUGAAUCCAAUGGCUUUGGGACUGAAUUUUGAACGAAAGUGUCUUAGACCAGCUGACUAUUUCUAUCGAGAAGUUUUGGUUAGGUAUGUCGGGGUUGAAGGGGGUACAGUUAGGCUAUUUACAUAAUUCUGCUUCUUAACUCCGCAAGUUUGCUUUGAGAUGGGGCUCAGAAUUAUUUGAAAAAGCUAAUAUUUUGAGGUAUAUUAGGUAUGAGAAGAAAGUUUUUAAAAUGAGGGUUUUGGGAAUUUUGACUUAAAAAGUCUUGUCGUUUUUGAGUCUAGAAACGUAUGUUUAAAGACGACAAUACUUUCCUAAUUUUACGUUAUUGCGUUUUUUGAUAAUUUUUUUGACUUUUAGACAUGAAGAACAUCAUAUAACUAACAACAAUGAAGAUGUGGAUGUUUUGGGCGGGGAUUUUGAAGAAAUGGUCAAUAUCGAAGACGAAGAGAAUGAAGUUUUGGUCAAAAACCCAGCCAUGGAAUGUGUAGCUGACGUGCGAAAGGAGAUACCAUUGGAGGUUGCCGAAGACGAGGAAAUGGAUCCUAUUGGUAUCAUUGAGGCUGAGUAAGAGUUUAAUCUUUCUUUUAGUUUUAAAACAUUUAAAAGUGAAAAUUUUGAACAAUUCUUGCUUUUGCGCUUUUUUAUUGUUUUUGUGUUGUUCUUAAGAUUUAUCGAAAGAUUUAAAAAUGAUAGGUGAUAGAGCAUGAAAAGGAGUAUAUAUUCUGUAAUUUUCAUGUUUAUAUAUUGUUUUUUUUAAAUAUGCUAUUUUUUAAAUUUGAAAGAUCAAAAUUUUCAUUUUAACAGGAAAAAUUAACAAAAAAUAGCAUUUUCAAACAAUUUUGUAUGUUUUAGAGUGCUAAACAUGAAAGACAAGUACAAGAAGCAACACCUGAAAACAAUGUUGUCAUUUAUCUCAACCCAACGUCUAAUAGAUCUCAACACUCUGCAAGUAAAGGGCGGAUGUUCACUAUUCUACACACAAACCCUGAAGAAUGCGUCGAGAAUGCGAGAAAACUUGUUGUUGUACACGAUGGCAAGGAUGGAAGCGUUAAGAGAAGCGCACGAAUACCUUGUUAAGCAGUUGCCGGACGAAUUUUUGGGCUCAUAUUUGAAUUUGUUGAGAUUCUUGAAGUGCACGGUGGGUUUUUAAAUAAUUUUUUGUUUUUUUAAACAUGGAAUUUUUGUUAGCGACUUCGGCUUUUUCAGGGGGAAAGGAAAUUUAUUUUUCUUGGUGGACAGGGUACAUUUUUUGGGGGUGAAGUACAAAUUUUUGACAGAGGGGUAGUCUUUAUCAGAAAAUUUCGAUUGUAUUAACUUGUUUUUAAUGAAUACCAGUUUAGGGAACUCAGUUGCCACUGUUCCUGACCGAAAAGGCAUCAAGCCCAGAGAUGGAAAAAGCCAAUGUUCACAUAACAGAUUAUUUGGACCACAAAAUGGCCGACCCUGGGGUCAGAUUUGGAAAAGUAUUUGAUGUAAGUUGAUAUUUUUUAAAUUUAAAGGUUAAAAAUAAAUUUUUUGUUUCAAAAAUUUUUAGAAGUAAUUUUUAAAAAUUGAGUUUGAGCACGAGAGGUAGCUUUAAAACAUGGAUUUUUUAUUGAAAUUAUUUUGAAAAUUUGGAUUUUCAGUUAAAAUUUAAGUUGAAAAACAUGAUUUUCAAGUUGAAAAUAUGUAUUAUCGACCCAAAACAUCAAAAGCUAACGUAAAUUUUUAUCUUUUUAGAUAAAACCAAUCCCAGGAGUCAGUCUAGUCCUUGUCUAUCCACAAAUCACGGUCGGCGAUCAGAUCGUUCACAAACAUGCUCAUGAAAACAUGUUCCGAAACUUGCUGCCAGCGGCUGUUAGAUGCGUGGAGAAGGUGGAACUCAAGUUCCAGUCUCAAGUUGAUGCAAAAGUAUUGACACACAUGUGUUUGGAUCAGAUUCGACAACGAGUGCGAGACAUGACACGCCGACGACCUGACGAUCAUGUAUUCUUGGCUGGAUGGGGGACGAGCUGUUUGCUUAAUUUUCAGGUAAAGAAAUUUGCGAUUGUUGUAAUUCAAAGCUGGUAUUAUAGUAGGGUUAAGUUUAAUGUUAAUAUCGAUUGUUAAUCAAUGUUUUUUAGGCUAUUCGAAAGACUCCUGGUGUGACUGGACUUUUGAACUUCUCUAUACCUUUGAAGAAUCAUCUGGGAACUAGAGGGGUAAGUUUUUGUUGCAGAACGAAGUUUUACUAUUUUUUAACUACUAUGCUUUACUUAACUAUUUUCAGUCUGUUGAUGACAAUAUCUGCAUUACCUACUGCCCAUCGCUCUUUGUAAUUGGCGAAAGCGCUUCGAAUUGUGACCUCGUCGACAUACAACAACUUCAACAGAACAUGAUCUGUGAUUCAGGCGUCAUUGUGGUCGGAAACGCGGACAAAAACCUCUUCGUAUCACCGGUAGCACUAUCAGUAGAACGUGUCAGUCAACAUUGUGUGGACCGUCUGAUCUUGGAGCAUACUAUCGACUUUAUAAAACAAGUUGUAGUAGAAGGAGGACUGUCGGCCAAAGACAAACGGCCCUUCUUGCGACCGGUGAAGCUACCAUCUCACUUUGAAGUAGAUGUUAAUACCCUGAAGGGACGAGCGAGUGGUGUUAUUGGGAAUAAUAAGGGAAAACCGCUGAAAGCGUCAAAGGAUGGGUGGGUUUUUAAAAAACUUUUUAAUGAUUUUUUAAAUAACGGUGAGUAAUGUGGCUAACAAUGUGUCUUUUGCAACUUAAGAAUUUCAAUUUUUAGAUCAGACCCCACUCCAACAGGACCAAAGGUCAAGUCUGGUGCUCCACGCGGCCGACCACCCAAGAAUCUUCAACAACAGAAACCCAUGCACAAGCCAACGAUGACGCCAAUUGUUGGUGUGGCCAGAAACACCUUCACACAAGCAUUAAAACGCAGCACGGAAUCCGCUCAUCUCAUGGAUAACCGCAUUCAAGCACCACUACCUCGAGUUUUACCUCCCGGAAUUCACGGCCAAACUCAACGGAUUCUGUUGCCUUCAGUACGACGAGACGAUCGACAACAGCCAGGGAUUCAAGGAGCAGCCACAGUGGCAGGUAGUUUAGUUGGCCAUUCGACAUUGGGACAAGCAGUUUACGGCCAAGGAGGUCAAUACGUUAAAAGCACACAGCAUGGAAGCCAAUUUGGUCAAGGUCAACAUGGCCAGUACGGUCAAGGUGGUCAGCAUGGUCAUCAGUUUGGUCAAACUCAACAUGGAAGCCAAUACGGUCAAAGACAACACGCUCAAUAUGGUGAUACAACUCAUACAUUCGGACAGAGCGGUCAACAAGUACAGGGAACACAAAGAUCUCAUGCGCAACCUCAAGCCCAAUCUCACCAACCCAGACCAAUCCAAACCGACCCUGCCGAAGCCGCGCGCCUCCAGGCCCUUAGGGACGAAGCCGCCGCCGCUGCCGCUUCCUUGGAAAACCUGUUUGGCCAAGAUGAACAAGAGUUUUGA